AUGGCCUCCGCAUCGGACAUCAUCACCUAUGUCGGCGUGCCGCUCGCAGUUUUAGGUGUUCUGCCCAUUUUAUAUACAUUUGUGCUUGCCGUGCUCACACAGAGACGGAUACGAGCCUCCCUCCUUCAUCAUGGUCACCAACCUGUCAGCACUACCCGUCCGCAAGACGGUUUCAUGAUUCGAAGUUCUCCCAUGACGAGCUUGAUUGAAGUCGAACUCCCCAGAUAUACGAUAGCACCACUGGAACGAAAUAACAAUGACUAUUGGAAGAAUACCGGACAUGGACAAGAGACGGAAAGUGAACAUCAGAGACUGCUCGAUCGUGCAGAAAGUACAUUGAGCAUGAUUGAAGAGGGCAGGGUGCGUGGGUUUCUUCGAGGUGGAAGUUGGCGGGCUUUUCAUUGGAAGAAAUUGAUCGUGGGGAGGAAACUGUACAGAAUCCAGUAUGAAGAUGAAUUAAGGGAACCGCCUGCUGAGAUUGAUUUCCCUGAGCUCGUUCAUUUUCUGCUCGACUGGGGUGCAGUGCCCGAUCCCAUGGGAUGGGAAAAGCUGAAGUCCGGAGGUCUGUGGACGCCCGCGGGAACAGUAUUGCUCAGAAAGGCAGAAGACGAAAAUGAAUCAAGAAAACACAUUGACUGGGUGUUGAGAACCAGCAUGCCCGAUGAAAGUGAUGGGAUCUUGAGUGUGACCAUUCGAUGGACCAGAGAAAUGACUGACAUAGUCGAAACCAGGGGAGUUAGCAGCCUACCUCCUGGCUGGGGUAGACUCGUACAACCUCCAAUGAUGGAACUGAGCGAAAAAGUGAGGCCAGAAGCGAAAGACCUCCCAACGAGGAUCGAAGAGAUGAAAAGUUCUAAUAAGUACAGUCGGGGCAGUACGAGCUUCCGGUUUCUCGCUGAAGAUAAUCGUGUUCAGAGACUGUUGUGGGAGCAGAAGAAUAUUGAGACCGGUUUCACGAGCGAGCCCUUCCGUACGUACGAACAGUCUCCUGCGGCUUCAUGGUUUACAUGUGCGGCAUCUGCAAUCCUGUCGCGAACCCAGAACGGUGGCGGACUAUGGGCGUUUGAAGUACCUGCAGAUGUCAGUGCUUUUGUUCGCAAAGACUCGGUUCCUUGCGGUGUGAUGGUGAUUCUUGGGCUUCUUUCAGAGAUCGAUGCGCCGGAAUGGUCAUCCGACAAGGAGACAAGCCCCGGAAACAGCGGCGCGAACCUGGCCCAGCGCCAUGGACAACGAUUCCAGGCACGCCUGGCCGCCGAGAGGCUUGAAGCAACUAUGGCCCCUGAACAAGCCAGGGUGCACAAGAUGAAUCGUGAAGCCGCCGAACGCCAACAACAGCACAAUGACAUGCUUUCAGCCAUGUCGGAGCGGCAAGCGCGUGAGGAGCGAAGACUGAGGGAAGCAAUAGCAAGUCCACGAAUGAGCACAAAGGCGGUCGGAGAAGCUUGCCUUGGCUGGCUCAUAGAACAGGGCGAAAUUGGCCGCGAAUGGACCCUUGUUCAAGCGGCCGAGGCAAUCUUGUAUCUCAUCGUGGUCGAUCAAAGCAAGAGCGAGGAAGGGGAAGCACGGAAAGUUGUGAAAGUCCUUGAGGAGUGGCUUGCUUGGUCCAUGGCUGGCGGCAUGAAGCAACAGCAAGUCAAGAUGCUGCAAGUGAACAAGUCAGCAUUCUGCAGUGCGGCUGUUUUGGCUGCCGUCAUCUUCGAAAGUGUGUCUUCCAACGCAACGAUUAGUAAAGCUGGGGCAGACAUGUUGGAAUGUAUCCGGUUAUGGAGGAAAGUAAGACUAGGAUAG